UGUGGGCAACAGAGGGGAAGUAUAGAGCUAUACUUACUGUAUAGCUCUAACAAAAAGCAGUCAAAGAAAGAGAGAAACUUGCAAAGAAAAAUGGGUGAAGUUGUGGAAAUAAGCUCAAACCCAACAACACCAAGGCCUGUUUCUGAUGCACCAUCCCCACCAAUUUCAUCUCCACCCUCACAGUAUCACUCUCCAUCUCUGUCUAGAUCACCACUUCUCACCACUGAUGACCUCACACAAACUGAUAUCACAAACAAAACCCCAAAAGCCUCUCUAACCCCACGCUUCAUUACUCCUUUGGGGAGCCCAAUCAGGAGGGCUCUCCACCUCACAAAGCUUGACCCUCAAGAUGCUUGGCUCCCAAUCACUGAGUCCAGAAAUGGGAAUGUAUACUAUGCUGCCUUUCACACUUUAUGUUCUGGAAUUGGGAUACAAGCCCUUAUUCUUCCUGUUGCCUUCACUAUUCUAGGAUGGACAUGGGGAAUCAUAAGCUUGACUCUAGCAUUCAUAUGGCAACUUUACACCCUAUACUUGCUGGUGGAAAUGCAUGAAUCAAUUGAAACCGGCCUGCGAUACAGCAGAUAUCUUCAACUUUUUAGUGCGACUUUUGGUGACAAGCUAACAAAAUUAUUAGCCGGAUUUCCAAUCAUGUACCUAUCAGCAGGCACAAAUGUGGCCUUAAUCAUUAUUGGAGGGUCAACAUCCAAGACGUUCUUCCAGAUUUUGUGUGGAGCCACAUGCACAGCAAAGCCACUUACACCUGUGGAGUGGUUCUUGGUGUUUACAUCAGCUGCAGUUCUUUUGUCUCAGUUGCCAAACUUGAACUCCAUUGCUGGGGUGUCAUUGAUUGGUGCUAUCACAGCUAUUGGCUAUUGCACACUCAUAUGGGUGAUAUCAGUGGCUGAGGGAAGAUUGCCUACUGUGUCUUACAAGACAGUGCAAGCAAACACACAAAUUGCUCAGGUUUUUAGUGUCCUAAAUGCACUUGGGAUCAUUGCUUUUGCUUUCAGAGGCCACAAUCUUGUGCUUGAGAUACAGGCCACAAUGCCUUCGAGUGAAAAGCAUCCAUCACGAGUGCCAAUGUGGAGGGGUGUCAAGUUUGCAUAUCUUCUUGUAGCAAUGUGUCUAUUCCCUCUUGCAAUCGGUGGAUAUUGGGCAUAUGGCCAAAUGAUACCACCAAAUGGGGGCAUGUUAACAGCUUUGUACGCAUUUCAUGGGCGUGACACCUCACAAUUCAUCCUAGGAUUAACAAGUUUGUUUGUCAUAAUCAGUGCUUUGAGCUCAUUCCAAAUCUAUGGCAUGCCCAUAUUUGAUGUCAUGGAGUCAGUAUACACUAGGAGGAAGAAGCAGGCAUGCCCGUGGUGGCUCCGAGCCACUAUCCGAGCAAUGUUUGGAUAUGGGUGCUUCUUUGCAGCCGUGGCCAUCCCAUUCUUGGGGAGCUUGGCAGGUCUAGUUGGAGGGAUUGCAUUGCCUGUGACAUUAGCUUAUCCAUGUUUAAUGUGGCUUAAGAUUAAAAAGCCUAAGGUUUAUAGCACAAUGUGGUGGCUCAAUUGGGGACUAGGGGUCUUCGGACUUGCUCUUAGUGCAGUUUUAACUGCUGCUGGAAUUUAUGUUAUAAUUGACACUGGUAUACAGGUGAACUUCUUCAAGCCUCAGUAAGGUUGAAGGAAUAAAGUUUAGGGCAAUUUUAUGUCAUAUUUGAUUGUAAUAUUCAAAAUUAAUUUUUAAUAGCGGGGUAAUUUUCUCUUUGGGCUUCAAAUUUGGCUUGUCCAUAA